UCCCCAUGCAAUCCUCCGCUAUACACGUACCAGUAUAUCUCACAGCUCUCGCCACGAGCCAGAGCGAACACCAAACACUUAACAACAAUAAACAUUCAAAAGCAAAACAAACUUUGAUAUUUUUCUCCUCUGCUCACGCUUCUCUCGAAUAUUCAAAUAUGGUUUACACAUCUGGUAUUCGCUUCCCUUGCGUACCUUCAGUUUACAAGUCCACUCAAUCAAGCUGCUGUUUCAAUGGUGAUCGCUGGAGUUCAAGUUUCUCUUUCUUCUUGAAGAAGAACUCACUUUCACCGAAGAUCUUUGCUGGAAAGGUUUCAAAAGAUUAUGAUGCCUCUUCUUUGACAGUUGCUGCAUCUGAUAAAGUCCUUGUUCCCGGCAGCAACGGUGAAGGCACUUCAUCAUUCACUGAUCAACUGGAAACUCCAGAGACUGUGUCGGAAGAAGAGGUACUUCAUGAUAUAGAUAGUCUUCAAAUGGAAGAUGAAGAGAAGGUCGAGACUGAAGAGACAGUGUCUGCUUCAUCGUUUGUAGAGCCAUCUUUUCCUUUACAAGAGAAUGUAAGUACUGAGGAGACUGAAGCCAAAACUGAAGUUAGAACAAGGUCCAUUCCUCCACCUGGUAGGGGGCAGAGAAUAUAUGAGAUAGAUCCGAUUUUGACCGGUUUUCGUCAACAUCUUGAUUACAGGUAUGGACAAUAUAAAAAAUUGCGUGAGGGUAUUGACAAGUAUGAAGGUGGUCUGGAGUUGUUUUCUCGUGGCUAUGAAAAGUUAGGCUUCACACGCAGUGCCACAGGUAUAACUUAUAGAGAGUGGGCGCCGGGAGCUAAGUCAGCAGCGUUGAUUGGAGACUUCAAUAACUGGAAUCCCAAUGCAGAUAUCAUGACCCGGAAUGAGUUUGGGAUCUGGGAGAUCUUUUUGCCUAACAGUGCUGAUGGUUCACCACCAAUUCCCCAUGGUUCUUGUGUGAAGAUUCGAAUGGACACACCAUCUGGCAUUAAAGAUUCCAUACCUGCUUGGAUUAAGUUCGCUGUACAAGCUCCAGGUGAAAUCCCAUACAACGGUAUAUACUAUGAUCCACCAGAAGAGAAAAAGUAUGAGUUUCAACAUCCUCAACCUAAGAGGCCAAAAUCACUUAGAAUUUAUGAGGCACAUGUUGGAAUGAGUAGCACGGAGCCAAUGAUUAACACGUACACCAAUUUUAGAGAUGAUGUACUUCCACGCAUCAAAAGACUUGGCUAUAAUGCUGUUCAAAUAAUGGCUAUCCAAGAACAUUCAUAUUAUGCAAGCUUUGGGUACCACGUGACAAAUUUUUUUGCACCUAGCAGCCGUUGUGGAACUCCUGAUGAGCUGAAGUCUUUGAUUGAUAAAGCUCAUGAAUUAGGCCUGCUUGUUCUCAUGGAUAUUGUUCAUAGCCAUGCUUCUAACAAUGUUUUGGAUGGGCUGAACAUGUUUGAUGGAACUGAUAGUCAUUAUUUCCAUUCUGGAUCUAGAGGAUAUCAUUGGAUGUGGGAUUCUCGCCUUUUCAACUACGGAAGCUGGGAAGUAUUAAGGUUUCUUCUUUCAAAUGCAAGAUGGUGGUUGGAAGAAUACAAGUUUGAUGGUUUCAGAUUUGAUGGUGUAACUUCAAUGAUGUAUACUCACCAUGGAUUGCAGAUGGCAUUUACUGGAAAUUACAAUGAGUACUUUGGAUAUGCAACUGAUGUAGAUGCUGUUGUUUAUCUGAUGCUGGUCAAUGAUAUGAUUCAUGGACUCUUCCCUGAGGCUGUUACCAUUGGAGAAGAUGUUAGUGGAAUGCCAACAUUCUGCAUUCCUGUUGAAGAUGGUGGUGUGGGAUUUGAUUACCGACUACAUAUGGCCAUUGCUGAUAAAUGGAUUGAACUCCUUAAGAAAAGGGAUGAAGACUGGAAAAUGGGUGACAUUGUUCACACAUUGACCAACAGAAGGUGGUUAGAAAAAUGUGUUGCUUAUGCUGAAAGUCACGAUCAAGCUUUGGUUGGUGACAAAACAAUUGCAUUCUGGUUGAUGGACAAGGAUAUGUAUGAUUUCAUGGCUUUCGAGAGACCAUCAACUCCGCUUAUAGAUCGUGGAAUAGCAUUACACAAAAUGAUCAGGCUCAUUACUAUGGGACUGGGCGGAGAAGGAUAUCUGAACUUUAUGGGCAAUGAAUUUGGGCAUCCUGAAUGGAUUGAUUUUCCAAGAGGUGAGCAGCAACUUCCUAAUGGCCGUGUAAUUCCUGGGAACAAUUUCAGUUAUGAUAAAUGCCGGCGUAGGUUUGAUCUGGGCGAUGCAAAUUAUUUAAGAUAUAGAGGAAUGCAGGAAUUUGACCAGGCAAUGCAACAUCUUGAGGAGAGAUAUACUUUUAUGACUUCCCAGCAUCAAUAUAUAUCACGUAAAGAUGAAGGAGAUAGGAUCAUUGUCUUUGAGAGAGGAGAUCUUGUUUUUGUCUACAAUUUUCACUGGAGUAACAGCUAUUUUGACUACCGAAUUGGCUGCUUAAAACCAGGAAAGUAUAAGAUUGUCUUGGAUUCGGAUGAUCCGCUGUUUGGAGGAUUUAAUAGGCUUGACCAUAAUGCUGAGUACUUCAGCUCAGAAGGGUGGUAUGAUGACCGGCCACGUUCCUUCUUGGUAUAUGCACCAAGUAGAACCGUUGUUGUCUAUGGACUAGUAAAUGAUGAAAUGGAAGCUGCUCCAACAAAGAAGGAAUGGCAUUGAUAUUUAAAACAUCUGAUGAGGUUAGGGUGAUCACAUAGUGCGCUCUUUAUUGUGCUUUGGGCAUUCAACACAAUAAUCUAAAUUGCAGUUGAGAGUAGCCAGUAUUGUUACUUCUGUCACCAAGAGGUAGAAUUGGAAAAAAUGAACCAAGGUAAAGCAAGGCUUACCUCCAAGUUGGGAGUGUUGGAAACACAUGUAACAAAUUUGCAUUGGCAUUCUGUAAAUGUUUCUGGCUAGCUAAAUUAUGUUUAGGUGGAUAUAUGUUUUUUAUAUUUUUUUUAAGUUCUCUGUAUUUACGAUUUCUAUCUAGAUCGCUAUCUAGCUUCAUACUUCA